AUCGGGGUCCGUCCGGGCCUCUGGUGCUAGUGCGAGUGCCCUUCGUGUCCGAGGUUUUCCACCCAAGAGACCAACCCCCGGUGCCCUUCCCUAUGGCGGCGCUGGAGCCAGAAUCCAAGCAGGAGACAGGAAUCCCCGCACCGUCCCGCGAGAACCCCCCGCCGCCGGAACCAGUAGCCGACGCCGGCGGCGGCCGGGUGCUGCAGCCGUGGGAGCAGCAUGCUGCUGUGAUCAAUCUCCCGCGCUACGACUACCGCGCGUCGAGAUCCCUCCUUCUCCGCUCCCACUCCGGCUUCCUCAUCACCUGCCCCAUCAAACGAGAGAAAAGUGCUACCAAGGAAGCCAUUUCGAUUCUUGGAGAGUACAUUAAUCCUGCAAGCAGCCAUAGCUCUGAAAACUUGGAACCAUGUGUUAUAGAGGUUGCAUCAAAGAAAAGAAAAACAUGUUCCGAGGCAUCAGGAAUUGAAAAUUCAGAAGAUGCAGUAACCAAUGGGAAGGAUGAUGCUUCAGAAUCAACUGGCUGCAUUGAAGUAGAAACGAGUUCACUUCACUCCAAGACUAGUGAAAUUAUCGACAGGACUUCAAAUCUUUCGUUGGUCAAGCUAGCAAGAAGUGGCUUGCUUUUCUUUUCUUUCACUAGUGGAGGCCUUCAUGUUGUUCAGAUGCUUACUGAAGUGUUUCAUUCACUGAGAUCUGGGAAGCUUAAAUCUCCACAAUGGUGUCACCGCAUAUUCCCUAUUCAGGAAACUUGUGUUCUAUCAGAAACAGAACUACAUGCCACCGUGUCAAAGUUAUUCCUUGACUUCUUGAGGAAUAAGGAAGACCAAUAUGAGCCUAUCAAGUUCGCAGUUGGGUAUAAUAGGAGAGGCAUUGAUGAGACGGUAACUAAGACACAGAAGAAUGACAACGAUAGCUCAAUUCAACAAGCUGUGAUGGAUAGGGAAAAGUGCUUCAAGGUUGUUGCUGCUGCUAUCAAAUCAGUUGCUGAGGACGCAAUUGUAGAUCUCAAAUCUCCUGAGGUGGCAGUUCUAGUGGAAUUGCUCCCCAUUUCAGGGGUACCCAUUGGAUCUUCGGUGGCUGGUGUGUCUGUUCUCCCAGCUGAACUCGUCGCAACUAAGCCUCGUCUCUGCAUCAGGGCUUUGGUGUCUGAUACAAAAGCAAAGAAGAAAUGACACACCUUAGGGUUGCUACCAGUGAGAGUAACUGUAACGGCGUUGGAUGAUGCAAAUCUGUUCAGCAUGUCCGUUUCAACCCUGCUGCAGCUUGAGUCUUGAAUGAUCAGAGGAAUUUUAGAAACAAAGAACGCCUACAUGUUGUCUUAAUCCUAUAUUAUCCGCUAUCCCCGCAACCAGCUGUUUGCUGGUUUUGGAUAGGUCGAUUUGUAAGCUGCAGUGCUAGUCUAGUUCUUGGAGGUCAGCUUCUUGUCGGUUUUUAGCAUGCUGCGGCUUCAAAUCAAAACUGACGAACUGCUUGCUGGAUAUGAUUAUAUGAUGGUGUUACACUGUUUCUCUGAAAAAGCAUGCAUGUAGUAUGGCCAAUUCAGUGGCAAAGCAUGCAUGUUGCUGAAGAACCAGCCUCUUGCAUGGCUUUUUGUUUCGUCCACCCUGUACUUUUCCCCUGCAAUCUACUGUGGUGCUCAUCAUGGUAAUAA